AUGUUCACAGAAGAACAACUCAUGACGUUCUCGUAUACUGUCGAUUUCGGUGAGCCCGAAUGGUUGAAGAUUUAUUACCAUGGAAUAUCAAUUGUAUCCACAAUUAUCUCAUUUUUCUCAAUGUAUGUCAUAUUGUUUCAAAGUGGAAAAAUGGACGGAUACAGAUAUUAUUUGUUCUACAUGCAGUUUGCCGGCUGGAUGAUGGAUCUUCAUAUAUCCACAUUAAUGCAAUUCAUCCCAUUAUUCCCAGUAUUCGGUGGAUACUGUACUGGAGUUUUGACUCAAUUCUUUGGAAUUGAUGACUCUUUCCAAACAACAUACACCGCCUUCACAAUCUGUCUGGUAGCAAGUGCCUUAAACAGUUGUUUUGUUCGAAAACAUCAAGCUAUAUCCAAAAUAUCAUCAAAAUAUCUUUUAAAUGACAUCCCAUACAUUAUCGUCAUUUUUCUUCUCAAUUUCUAUCCAGUUGUUGCCGCAACAUUGCUCUAUUUGAGUAUGCUUUCAAAGGAAAAUCAAGUGAUUCUUGUCAAAGAGGUCUACCCAAAUCUUGUUGAUAACUUUGCUCAUCUUUCGAACUACGUAGUCUUUGACUCCAAUAUUUGGGCGAUUAUCUUCUUUGCUUUUAUAUUCUUCGGAUGUACAUAUACCUUGAUUCUCAUCGUCACCACCACAUAUUCAAUGUUCAAAACUUUAGAAGAUAACAGAAAACAUAUCAGUUCUUCCAACUACGCAAAGCAUCGAGCAACGCUAAGAAGUCUUCUGGCUCAAUUUGCCACGUGUUUUCUGAUUGUUGGACCUGCUUCGAUAUUCUCCCUUCUGGUGGUGAUUCGUUACGAACACAGUCAAGUGGCUACACAUUGGAUUAUUGUUGCUCUCACUCUUCAUUCAAGUGCAAAUGCGAUUGUGAUGAUUAUCACUUAUCCUCCAUAUAGAAAUUUUGUGAUGUUAUGGAAACCAAACAGAUGCCGUUCCUCUACAAUCGGACUCCCAAUCUGUUGCGAAUUCAACUCUCCACGUCACAACUUUCUCUCCGAUCAAGAACUUUUCCGUGUUGCUAGAAUACUUACCUAA